AUGGAUCUUUUGAAUUCUAAAUUUGGGAUUUCCGUAGAUGAUAAGAAGAGUAGUGAUGGCGAGUCAAAGAACAACAAUGAGACAAGCAGUAACAGUAGUGCCAAUACGGCACAGCUCGAUGAACCCAUUGAUAUCGGUGUAGAAGUUGGUGGACUAGACGUUAACAUCGACUCCUCUUCGAGUGAUACAACUUCAAAGAAAAUAAAAGACCUAAUAGAAAACGAUGCUGACAGAAGCAGCGGCCGUAGAACUAAGGACAUUACAAAUCAACAGCGUAAAUCAGGUAGACACCAACACGAUAGCAAUGAGGCCAACGAAAGAAGGAUAGAUAACAACACCAACAACAAUAACUCUGUCAAUAACGGAAACGAUAAUGGUAACACAAGUGGACGUACGCAAAACAGCAGGGGUACUGAUAGCCUGGUAUUAGAGAACAGCUCUAGGAAUAAUACCAUAAGCAAUGAAAGAAGUAGCAUUAGUAAUGUAGGUGCUGGACAUGACAACAUUAAUGCUUCGCAAGGCGACAUCAAUGGCAAUGUUACUACGGGGAUCAUGAACUCACAAUCGCGCGGUAUCUCGCAACUAAAUUCUGGUAAUGAUCUAAGCUCCAACAUCAAUGAUAACAACAAUAACAACAGCAAUAACAAUAGUAGUAACAUUAACAUUAACAACCCAAACAACAGUAAUUCGAACAACAACAAUCACAAUACUGCAAUGAACACAGCUGUUUCUUCAAGUAGUAAUAACAGUAGCAGUAAAAACAGUGGCUCGACUUCCUCCCAAUCUCAUAUGGGCUUAAUGUCAUCAGUUUCUUCGACGAGUAAUGACUCUUCCAGCUCUGGAGAGAUGAUGAUGAAAGCAAGAAUGGAAUCUGACAUACGACAGAACAAGGAACAAGAUCAAAAUCAAAAUGAGAAUGUCCACGUUAAGAAGGAUCCUAACGAUUUAAAGGGUAUCAGACCGAUACGUAAAAAAUGGAAAGACUAUGAGGAUAUAGCCUUUGUUAAAACAAUUUUGGAAAAUGCGGAAUUGUUAACCUACGUGGAGUAUUUUAAGCCAAUGAAGAAUUUCUGGAUUAGAAUUGCGCAAAUAUUAAAUGAGAAGUACGGAUAUGUUAGAAACUUCCGUCAGUGUCAUGAUAGAUUCAAAGUGCUUUAUGCAAAGGCAUUGAGGUUAGAUGACUCAUUAUCAAGUGAUCAUAACCAUGCAAAUUCAACCUCCUCAAUGGGUAAUUCCACUUUCAGUUUCCUAAAUGAUGCUAGUACUUCUGGUACUCCUCAGAGGCUCGGAACAUCUAUUACAGACGCCCUUUCACGUCAAACUCCACAAAACAUUAGUCAGAGUAUACCUCCUAUGAGUGGUAACAAUUUGAACCAGAAUACUAAUUUGUUCACCUCUAAUAUUGCAUCCGCUCCAAAUUACUAUGGAAGCGUAUAUGAUCAUAAAGCAAGGUAUCAUCAGGAUGAUGGUCUGAGAUCGUUACCACUACCGCUAAAGCACUUACUGAUAAAGUUGAGGAAAACAAUCACAUUUUACAAUGGUAACAUAAUUUUCAAAAAAGCAACUGAAAUCAAAGAUAACAAUCAAAUCAAUCUUAACAUCAAUCGUAUUCCAGACUAUGAUGGAGAAUCCAAAACUGACACACUGAACACUAAUAAUUCAAAAAUUGCGAAAGGCACUUCAGGGAAAAGCAACUAUUUAUCUCCUACGAUAGGCGAUGAGCCAAAUGAGAUGCCCGAUCAAAGGACUUCGUCAUUGGGAGAUUUACAAUUGCAAAAUAGCAGCUCAAGUUCUGGUAAUACAGGUGCGACACCAGCGAACUAUAACUUUAAUGGCUCAAACCCAACACCUUCUCAAUUCAAUAUGGGAUUACCAAAUCUGCUUCAGCAAAAUCCAAAUCCUAUGGCAUAUGCACCUGUGUCAAAUGGAUCGCAAUUACAAUUUUCUUCCACCUCGUCUUCUAAUACUACGGGUUCCCAAUCCCAGGUAUCUUCUUUUUAUCCACCUCAGUUUGGAUAUUCUGCUAAUGCUAAUUCAAACAUAAAUGUGCAGACUAAAAUCCCAAAUCAGAUACCACUAGCAACAAAUACACAAGUUGCUAUGCCACCCUUCCCUCAACAAAGUCAAAAAAUGCCAAUUUUUGGUGAGAAUAAUAGAGCUGGAAAUGAUAAUCAGCUACAAACUACGAAACCCCCCGCAGAUAAUGAAAAAAGCAAUAUGGACAACAUGUACCAAUCCAUGUAUACAGUCAUAUCUACAUUGCGAGAACAAAUUGAUCAACUUAGAAACCAAAUAAGUGAUUUGAAUAGUAGGUAUGAAGAACAGUCGAAAAUGCUUUCAACGUUGUAUGCUAUUAUACAACAGCCACUAAUGCCUCCUUCGUCAGAGACCUCCUCUUCUUCCAGCACAUCAUUCUCAUCAACAUUCCUUGAUCAACAAUUACAAAACUCACAAAAUAAUCAAAAUAACAUGAUGUUCAGUAAUCAGCAACAAAAUUCAAACCCGAACAUGGGGACAAAUAAUCAGCAAACUUCGAAACGCCAGCCUGCCCAACAAAAUCAACAAGGAUCAGAAUUACCGCUUCCCAAGCAAUCAAUAAAUACCAAUACUUCUCCUCAGCAAUAUAACCAACCUACAUCAAUUCAACAACCUCAUUACCAGAUGACUCAAAACAAACACCAAAGUGGUCGCAAACUACCAAAUCUACCUCAACCUAAGCUGCCUCAGAGCCUUCCUCAGUUAGGAAAUUCUACCGUGCUUCCGCAACCACAAAACUUUAAUGAUAAACCUUAA